AGGAUCGACUUUUCAGUCCUACCACUUUUGUUUCUCGGCCUAUUUGUCUUUCAGCUCGACCGGAUGAACCUUGCAAGCGCACUCACCGCAGGGUUCGCAGCAGAUGUCAACAUUGACCAGGACACCAUCAACCUCGGCAAUCAGCUCAUGUACAUGGGCAAUGUGGUCCUAGAGAUACCGUCAAAUAUGCUCCUUCAUUGGAUUGGUCCACAGAAAUGGAUAUCCGCGCAAGUCAUCAUGUUCGGCACAACUGCUUGCUUGCAAGUCUUCGUCACAAACCGUGCCGCGUUCAUCGCGACACGCCUCAUCCUCGGCCUGACAGAGGCGGGGUACAUCCCUGGAGGACUGUACACGUUAUCGACGUGGUACACACGACCCGAACUUGCCCGACGUGUUGCGGUGUUCUUCUUUGGCAUGUUUGGCGGCAACGCGAUGAGCCCGUUGCUCGCGGCGGGGAUCCUGCAGCUCGAAGGGACCAGGGGGCUUCGCGGGUGGCAGUGGCUUUUCCUUGUUGAGGGUCUAUUCACAAUAUGCGUAGGAGUCAGCCUGUUUCUCCUGCUGCCAGGGUGUCCAGAGCAGCCACGACCGUUUGGCAGUCCGGGACUCGUCAAGUUCUCGACCCAGGAUUUGACAAUUUUGCAAGAACGUCUCGAGGCAGAAAACCCGGAGCGCAAAUCCGCUACGCAGGGCUCGCACGUCCCAUGGGCGGUCGUUGUCCAGACCGUAUGCCAGUACCGCCGAUGGUUGCACUUUUUAUCCAGCUUCUGUGUGUUCUCGACCUGGAGCCCGCUGACGACGUAUACUCCUUCGAUAAUCAUGUCCCUUGGCUUCACCCGCAUCCAGGCCAACGCCCUCGCCGCGGUUGGCGCCUCGCUGGCUCUGGUGGUGAUAUUCAUCUUCGCUUGGCUCAGCGACCGCACUCAGCAGCGCGGCGCCACCGUCUUAGCGGGCCAGUCGUGCUAUCUUGUCGUGCUAGUCGUGGCUCGCUUCGUGCACCCUCAUGUCGGGAAGUGGCCGCGCUGGGCCCUCUGGACUGCCAUCAACAGCUUUGCCGUGGGGUACCAUCCGGCGCAUAACACGUGGUUGCAGGUAAAUUGCAAGGAUCCGAGGGAGAGGAGUAUAAGUAUUGCAAUGUGGUGCAUGUCGUCCAUUAGCGGCAUGAUGGUGGGCGCGCGCUACUUUCGUGCCGAGGACGGGCCAUACUAUCCGCAGGGUUUGCAGCUCAUGAUCAUCAUGGUGUCCGUGGGUAUGCUCUUUGCUGCGGGCCAGAUGGUCGUGUAUAUCAUGCACAACAAAAGACUCGCGAAGAGUUCCAUCACAGCUCGAGACGGAAAGGGCAUAAUGGUGUACAGACCUUGA